AUGCAGUUCGAGAUCUUGGCAAAAUGCUCAACUACGAGGGCCCGAGUGUCUCGAAUGACGCUAGCCCAUGGUCCCACGAUGCUGCCAACUUUCAUGCCAGUGGCAACUCAAGCGGCCCUCAAAGGCCUCACUCCCCAACAAGUUGAAGAGCUUGGAAUUACUCUCAUGCUAAACAAUACCUACCACCUAAACUUGCGUCCGGGAACAAAAGUUCUCGACGCUGCCGGAGGCGCACAUAAAUUCCAAAACUGGCGCAGAAACCUUCUCACUGACAGCGGAGGAUUCCAAAUGGUUAGCCUUUCUUCCUUUUCAAAAGUGACCGAAGAAGGAGUUCUGUUCGCUAGUCCAUUCACUGGUGAACCCACGAUGCUUACCCCCGAAGAGUCCAUCAGAAUACAGCAUUCUGUUGGAGCGGAUAUCAUCAUGCAACUUGAUGAUGUUGUCUCUAGUUUGACAGUGGGCCCUCGAGUGGAGGAGGCGAUGCUGCGUUCAAUUCGUUGGCUAGAUCGUUGUAUUGCAUAUCAUACGGCGACAGAUAGUCCUAAGACCCAGAAUCUCUUCGCGAUCGUACAGGGUGGUCUCGAUCACGAUCUACGAGACCGAUGCUUAGAUGAAAUGAUCAGACGGAAAGACAACAUCUCUGGAUACGCCGUCGGAGGGUUAAGUGGAGGAGAAGAAAAGGACAUCUUUUGGAGAAUAAUUGCUCAAUGCACCGCUAAAUUGCCCGGAGAUCGUCCUCUGUAUUCGAUGGGUAUAGGAUUCGCGGAAGAUCUUCUGGUUUGCGUUGCUCUUGGAAUUGAUAUGGCAGACUGCGUCUUUCCGACACGUACGGCAAGGUUCGGCGUAGCGCUGACAUUCGAUGGACCGCUCAAUCUGAAACUUACGCGCCACGCGAAGAGCUUCAUUCCUAUUGAUGAGGAUUGCCCAUGCCCUACGUGCAGAAACAGAGUAUCUAGAGCACAACUACAUCACCUUGCAUCGCACGACACUGUUGGUGCGCAUGCACUAACACAACAUAAUGUCGUGUUCCAAGCUCGGCUGAUGGCUGGCGCACGCAAAGCAAUCUACUCCGACACAUUCCCAAACUUCAUUAGAAGUUUCUUUUCCCGAUAUUUCGGAGGCCCUGACGAUGGGUAUCCAAAGUGGUGCGUUGACGCACUGAAGAGUGUAGGAAUUGACCUGCUCGAGGGAGAGGAAGGUGCAACGCGACGGGUAGUGGAAGGUGAUGGAGCGAAAUGGGAGUAUUCGGAUGGCGUUGUGUAG